AUGGAGCCAGGGCUGCAGCAAGCAGGCAGCCGUGGGGAGCCUUCCCCUGACCCAGCCAUGCACGUGCCGCCCAGCUCGGUAGCUAGUCCCUGGAGAAGCACAGGUCCCUGGAGAACCGCAAGCCGCAGCUACUUCUGCCUCAGCACCACGGCAUUCGUGUGCCUUGUCGUCGCAGUGGCUAUCAUCCUGGUCCUGGUAGUCCAGAAGAAGGACUCCACUCCAAAAACAACUGACAAGGUUCCCCUUAAAGGAGGAAAUUGCUCAGAGGACCUCUUAUGUACACUGAAAAGGACUCCGUUUAAGAAAUCAUGGGCCUACCUCCAAGUUUCAAAACAUCUCAACAAUACCAAAUUGUCAUGGAAUCAAGAUGGUGUCAUCCAUGGAGUCGGAUACCAGGAUGGGAACCUGGUAGUCCAGUUCCCGGGCUGGUACUUUAUCAUUUGCCAACUGCAGUUUCUUGUGGAUUGCUCAAAUCAUUCGGUGGACCUGAAUGUGAAGCUCCUCAUCAAUGCCAAGGUCAAAAAGCAGGCACUGGUAACAGUGUGCGAGUCUGGAAUUCAAAAUAAGAGAAUCUACCAGAAUCUCUCUCAGUUCCUGAUGUAUUACUUACAGGUCAACUCUACCAUAUCAGUCAAAGUGGAUAAUUUCCAGUAUGUUGAUACAAACAUUUUUCCUCUUGAUAAUGUGCUGUCCAUCUUCUUAUACAGUAGUUCAGACUGA